AUGAAGAAGGAGAACUUCCCUGAUGAACUCAGCUCAGUAUCCCCCCAGAUCAGCAAGGGCCUGGUGCUGCUUCAGAGUGUGGCCAACCGGGGCUCCCAUGGGCCAGAGAAGAAGCUGCAAGACCAUCAUAGACUCAGCAAAUCAGCCCAGGCCGUUGGCCGGUACUACCGCAAAGUGAGCCAGCUCAAGAAGCUCACUAGCCCUAAUGGCUUUGUGUCUGAAAUGGAAGAAAUGAGGAAGGCAUUCCUCAUGCGGCCUGGAUGCCCCCAGUUCAGUACCAGAGCCACAUCUGUGUCUCAUAUGGGUUCUGCCACCACGGUUGAUCUGCCCAGGGACAUAUGUACCAGCUCUGGGACUUGGAGGAUGACUGAGGACCAGCCCCUGGACAGGCUGGGCUCUGCCACCAGUGUGGAUGGGCACCUCUUUUCAUUCAGUAAGAGUGCUUGUGAGCUCAACUACUCACGGAAGAGGAGUGAGCCCCCAGCCACAAGUCCCACCAGCCCAACCUUGGUCAAGAGGUCGCAAAGAACCAGAAUGCCCUGGUACAUCUCAGUCAUCCAUGAGAAGGAUCAUUCCCUGAUCCAACUGGAAGAAGAACUCCAGCGUCUCUCGGUGCUGGAGACCCAGAUGCAGAAGAAAGAUCAGGAGAUCUUGAUGCUCCAAAAGGAGAAGGAGGCCCUGAAGAAGCAGCUGAGGACCCUCCUCAGAAGCAGAGGCACAGAGACGUCUUCAGCUUCUGCCAGGAUGGAAAGGUCCUCUGAGGCUCCCCUGAAGCUGGGAAGGCUGAGCAUGCUGAAGACCACAUACAAAGAAGAGGAGGAGCUACAGCGCUGGAUGCAGAUGCAGGACAACUUUAACAUGGCGGAGAACAGGGAGCAGCAGGUGGAACUAGGAAACGUCGUGGAUGAAAAGGGCGCUGAGGGGCCCCUGGAAGAAGCUGUAACUGGCAAGAUCGGGACUUUGCUGGAAGAGGGCCCUGAGGAGGAGGAGGAGGAAGCAGAAGGAGCUGAGGAGGAGGAGGAGGAGGAGGAGGAAGUGGUGGUACGGGAGGAAGAAUUGUGGGAGCUGAAGGAGGAAGAGGAGCAGCGUCCCAAGAGGUCAUACUCUCUGACCGAGUCCUUUGAGGAGGAGCUAAUGGCCCAGCUGGAGGAGUAUGAGAGAAUGUUGAUAGACUUCCAGAGUGAGCUGGAACUCACUAGGGCCAGAUAUUCCCUGGCCACAGGGGCCAUCACAUCUUUACAACGGCAAAAUGACUUCCAAGAGUCUCAGUUGCGGAAGGUCACCACAGAAAAUGAGCUUCUGGAAAAGGAACUCCGUGAACGGAAGCGGCAGAUCCAAGCCAUGACCAACAAGUUCUCCAGCCUCCGGGAGGAAAAGAAGCAGCAAGGGAUAAUGGGGCUCAUUGAGAAGGAAAACCUUAUCCUCCGACAGCAAGUGUCUGAGUUGGAGACAGAGCUCCUGAGUCGUGAUCAGGACAUUGCAGAGCUGCACAGCAAAACCAGUGAGCUGCAGGCUCAGAUCGACCUGAACGAAGAUCACUUGAGGCGGUGGAAAGAACUCCAUGAUGACCUCCAGAGCCGGAAUGAGACAAUCCAGCAAGCAGAGCAACAGACUCGUGUGAUCCUGGAGUCCUCUCAGGCCAGGCUCGAGAGACUAAGGAAUAAGAUCAUUCAGGCUGUCUUCAGUGUCAGUGGGACCAAGAACUUGUCCACUGAGCUCUCUGAUAACUACAUUCUGGAGUCCCUGCAGAGAAUCAUCACAGAGAGAAGUGACUUCUACAGUCAGCUGAAACAAAAAGGCGUAAAGGUACCCCCGCUGCAGCAGUCAGACAUCUCCCUGCCCAGCAAGCUCAAGAAGCUAGCUUCCAAGUAG